AUGUACAAGGACGACAAUCAUAAGCCAGAGAUGGCCAUUGCUAUCCAGCCAUUCGAAGGAUUCUGUGGUUUCCGCCCUGUGAGCGAAGUACAAGCGUUUGUAGCUCAUGUUUCGGAGCUGCGCAAGGUCCUUGGCGCCGACAAUGUCAUGGAUCAAUCCUUGCAGGAAGCGGCCAAGCUACAGAAGCAGGGCGCAAAUGAUGCGUCACAAGAGGCAAAGGUCAAAGAUACGCUCAAGAUGGUGUUCGGCAAGCUGAUGCGUGCGUCGCCUGAUGUUUAUGAGCCGGCUGUGUCAGCUUUGGCUGAGCGUUACAGUCACGACACGAAUGAAGUUUCUGAAGAAGUGCGUGAACUGGUGGUGCGUUUGAAUAAGCAGUACCCGAAGGACAUUGGUGUCUUGUGCACGUUCUUCUUGAAUGUGGUGCAUCUUGAGCGUGGUGAAGCUAUGUUCCUAGGCGCUAAUGAGCCGCACGCUUACAUUUCCGGCCACAUUCUUGAAUGCAUGGCUGCAUCUGACAAUGUCGUACGUGCGGGACUGACGCCGAAGGCUCGGGAUGUCGAUGUGCUCAUUGACAUGCUGACGUAUGAGAGUGCAUCCGCAUCCGCCCAGCGUCUUGAUGCGCCAAUCUGGGACGGUGAUGCAUCCGGCGCUACUCUACUGUACAAUCCGCCGAUCCCUGAGUUUUCUGUGUUGGUAUCAUCGCUUGACAUAGGUGCAUCGUGCAAGCACCGUGCCCUGCAUGGACCUUCCAUUGUUCUGAUUACAGAAGGCCAGGGAUCAUUCACUGUAGAUGGCAAAGCCAUUCCGGUAUCUAAGGGCCGUGUGUUUUUCGUACCUGCGGAGCAAGAGCUGGACGUAUCUGCGGAGUCGCGAUUGGUUGUAGCGCGUGCCUUUGUAGAAGUAGAGUCGAACAAGUAG